AUGGCCUUAAUCCCGUCGCCACAGCACCGUAAUUACCGUAACCUCUCUGUCCUCCCCGCUCUCCUCGUCCACCCCCUUCCCGUUGGCUCUCCGCACAUCCCCCGCCCACGUUUCUUCUUGGGACCCUUGCGCUCACGGUCCCUUGCUUAUCAGGAGCUCAUGCUGCCCGUUUUGCCUAUUGCCCCUUCAUCCCCUCACGGGGCCUCGCUCUCUCGCUCUACAUAUAAUGGACCUUUGUCUUCUUCUUGCAUUCACUUCACAAUCUACAACCCCCCACGCUUCUCCUACUCAUCCUGCACCAUGGCUGCGCAGAUCUACAACCCCGACCACACCAUGUCCGCUGCCGAAGAGGAGGCCCUCGGUGCCUCUAGGGAUGACCUUGCUGUGGACGAUCUGCCCGAAGGCAUGUUCCACCACCUCGCAGAUCCCGCUGACCUCCCUGCUGCAAAGAAGUCGUGUAUGGUUCCUGACGCCAGUCCCGCCCCCAAUCCUUCCCCCGCCACCUCCUCCGGUUCGGUCCCGGCGCUCCCUGCACACUCUCCCGUGCCCCUCACUAUCGCCGCUCUCUCUGCGCCCUCGUUUGGCCUGGCACCGUCGCUGGUUGCAACUGCAGCAUCUCCCAACAGCCCGGUAACCCGCGCAACCACAUACGCGUCCGUCGCCUCAGGCUCCAACCUGGCUCCCGCGCUGCCCGCCUCGCUCUUCGCCUCGCCCACCCCGGGCGGCGCCCCCCGUAAUCUGCGGCGCGCGCGCACGGAUGCUGCUGUCCCAUUGCCUUUCCGCAUGUGCCGCCGCAUGGUAGUCAAUGUUCUCCUCCCGAAAGCCGGGCUGGAGUCUCAACGCUCUGAAAUUUUCGCUGGUAUCAAUGCGCAGGUGUGUGGCUUUAUGUUCUCAUCUGGCAUUAUCCCUUCCUUCGAGCAGACCAUUGGGGACCCCUACCGUGUGGCCCGCCGGGUGUAUGGCCGCCUGCUCUUCUCAUGGCCGUCGCAGGACGAUGCGGCGGCCUUCCGAAAGCUCUUCCCCCUCACCCUCAAAGUCUCCAACUCCCACCCCUUUCUGCUUAAGGUUUUCGAAGACACGCUUGAGGCCUUCACCGCUGCCAAGGCAGCCGGGCUUCCCAUCGCCACCCUCGACGACCCCAACUUCGAGCGCAUCCCAUCCGAAAUCCCGCUGGAGGAUAACAAACCUCCCAUGCUGCUCAACGUUUCCUGUCAUGUAUGCUCACUGUGUGCCAACAACCACCGCACGUCUGAUCACGAGGCUUUCGCAGCCCGCCGCCGGCAGCGCCUCACGAACCGGAACGUGAUCUCAGUCGCGCAGCUGCAGAAGGCAAAUGGUACGCUCCUCGAUAAUCUCUCCCAGCUAUGCUACCCCACCUUCUCCUUGCCUUACCGCUCUGGUCCCCGCGUGCUCCCCUUUCCGCUCUCCAUUUCGACAUCUCCCCCCCCCUAUUACACUACCUCCCCGCUCUUCCAGAGCUACAUUUCUCACCCACCCUGCUCUGUCCCAUUGCUGCCUCAUCCCCCUCUGCCCUCCCAGCUAUGCUACCUCACCUUCUCCUUGCCUUACCGCUCUGGUCCCCCUGUACUCCCCUUUCGGCUCUCCAUUUCGACAUCUCCCCCCACCUGUUACAAUACCUCCCCGCUCUUCCAGAGCUACAGUUCUCACCCACCCUGCUCUGUCCCAUUGUUGCCUCAUCCCCCUCUGCCCUCCCAGCUGCUGGGCCGCCACGAUCACUUAAGCCCACCACCCCCCUUCACUCUAUCCCUGCCUCCCCACCGCCCCGCAGUCAACGCGCUCCCGUGGAACUCCCCCCCAGCAGCCCCACUCUUAACCCCCCUAUGCCCAAUGUCUCAUCCCCUCCUGCCCCCCCAGCGCCCCUCCCCUUGGGGCUCACCCCCCCUCCUCUCGCCUGAGCUUUGGCCCACCUCUCCCCACUGUAUUCACCUCACCCUUCUUCUCUCCCCCCACUCUCGCCCCUCCCUGCCAACAGCCCCCCCCCCCGGGAACCCUCCUCUGCCUGCUCCAUCUCCCCCCGACUGA